GAUCUUGACUGCCAUGUGCAUGUUAGAUGACGAAGAGCCAGUUGCAAAACACUGUAAACACCUGAAAGCGAAAUCAAGUACUCACUAGCCGGAGAGGGAAAAUGCAGUCGUCACUCUCAUAUCCCCAUGGAAUCACAGGCUUCUUCAAAUUCCAACCGAACCCCAUUUCAAACCAAUCGCCACCGACAUCCAAAUCAUUCCCGUUCUCUCACUACACCAACACAUCUCUUUCCUCUUCUUCCAUUCAGCUCGCUCUAAGAUCCCACUGCAACUCGCAACCACAAUUGCAACCACAAUUUCCCAGCAAACCCACUUGGCAUCUACCCUCGAAUCCCUUUUCACCGAUACCAACAGCCAAGAACGCACGAUUACCACUAGCUCCGCUUCACUGCGGCAUUUCGUCGAACAACUCCAACGCAAAUGCGACUAGGAGUUUCAGAGAUUGGGUUGAACUGGUUGGUGAGGCUGUGUCGACUGCAUUUCCGAUUUGGGUUGCUUUGGGGUGCCUGUUGGGGCUGCUCAAGCCGAGCUCCUUCAAUUGGGUCACACCCAACUACAACAUCUUAGGUUUGACACUGACCAUGCUCGGCAUGGGCAUGACCCUCACUUUCGCCGACCUUCGUGGCGCCUUGGCUAUGCCCAAGGAGUUGCUUGCUGGCUUUGUUCUUCAGUACUCGGUGAUGCCUUUAUCAGGAUAUUUUGUGAGCAAGCUUUUGAAUUUGCCAUCGUAUUAUGCAGCUGGUUUGAUAUUGGUUGGUUGCUGCCCAGGUGGAACAGCAAGUAACAUUGUAACUUAUAUUGCACGUGGAAAUGUGGCACUUUCGGUUUUAAUGACAGCAGCAAGCACUUUAUCAGCUGUGAUCAUGACCCCAUUUCUCACAGCUAAACUUGCCGGCCAAUAUGUUGCCGUAGAUGCAGCUGGGCUCUUAUUCUCAACACUGCAGGUUGUGCUUCUCCCUGUUUUGGCGGGUGCAUUUCUGAAUCAGUAUUUCCAAGGCCUGGUUAAAUUCGUCUCCCCCGUGAUGCCACCCAUUGCUGUAGCAACUGUAGGUGUUCUUUGUGGGAAUGCAAUUGCCCAGAGUUCAUCUGCAAUCCUUACAUCUGGUAAACAAGUGGUGCUUGCUUCCGCUCUUCUUCAUGCAAGUGGAUUUUUCUUUGGAUACAUCUUUUCAAGGAUGCUUGGGCUCGAUGUCACAUCAUCAAGGACUAUCUCCAUCGAGGUUGGCAUGCAGAAUUCGGUGCUUGGAAUUGUUCUAGCCGGUCAGCACUUCGGAAACCCUCUAACUGCGGUACCAUGUGCUGUUUCCAGCGUUCUCAUUCAAUCUUGGGUAGUGCCUUGGCAGGAUUCUGGAGACAGACCGUACCAACCCAGAAGCAAGAUUGAAAUGUAUCUGUCGGAAUUUCUUUUCGAACGUUUUAGCUGCGGAACAGUUGGAUUUGCACUUUCCGGUGCUGGUCUGUGAAUAAGUUGAACAAUGUAUGUACUUUACCUUUCAAUGUGAAUCCUUUGAUUUUCUCUC